GAAAAUAAUUUUUUGUUUCAGGGAAUAGUAAGACAAAUAGAUGUGUAAAUAUGACUAAUGGAGCUAUAAGUCAAUGAAACAAAUGUGGUAUGCAAUCAAAUGGCUGUUUUUAGUUGGGGAAACAAUUUCUUUGGACAGUUAGGAUUAGUUAAUGAUCCUGAAAAUGAAGAUGCAUGUGUUUCUCUUCCCACACUUGUGAAAUCUUCAUUAGAGGUAAAAAAUAUUUCCUGUGGAUGGAAUCACACAUUGUUUUUGAUGAAAAAUGGAUCUGUGUAUUCAUGUGGUUUAAAUGAUCAAGGUCAACUAGGACUCGCAAAAGCUGAAAUAGCAAUUCCUGAGAAAAUUACAGCGUUGGAAUCACACUUUAUUAAACAUGCAAGCUGCGGUGAGGCACACAGUGUGAUUAUUAGUGAAGAUGGACAAAUGUUUACAUUCGGUGAUAAUAGUAAAGGUCAGCUUGGUUCUGAAAAGCAAUCAGAAUCAGUACCCAGGCUAGUAAAGAAUAUACCUUUCAACACAUUUAUCACUCAAGUGUCAUGUGGAAAACAUCAUACAGUGGCAUUAAGCUCAGGUGGUGUUAUUUUCUCGUGGGGUGGUAAUGAGUUUGGACAACUUGGAACAGGGGUUAAGGGUGACAAGAAUACCUCACCUACUAUCGUGCAAUCUCUGUUAAAUUGUCCUGUAAUUCAAGUAGUUGCUGGUGGAUGCCAUACAAUGUCACUAACUAUAUCUGGUUCACUGUUUGCUUGGGGCUGUAAUAACUCUGGUCAAUUGGGCUUGGGAGAUAAUAAAGCGAGACUUUCACCAACAAAAGUGCAACUGCUUUGUGAUGAAAGUGUUCGCCAUGUAGCUCUUGGUGAACACCAUACAGUUGUACUCGCCGCGAAUCAAAGAGUUUUUACUUUUGGGGCUGGUACGUCUGGCCAACUUGGACAUUAUUGUUUUGAGGAUGAGUGGAACCCGAAAGUGGUGGCUGAAUUGAUGGGCAUGGAAAUUUCACAUGUUGCCUGUGGCAGGAAACAUACGUUUGCUUUUUCUGCAAAACUUGGUCGGUUAUUUGCAUUUGGUCUUAGUGUAAAGGGCCAGCUUGGAUUAAACUCGUUUGAGAAAAAAAAUAACCCGGUUGUAGUGGAGGGUAUUUGGAGCACACCAUAUAGAUUCCAUAAAGAAGCCGUCAGCGAAGCUCGGGGUAAUGCAAAUAUUUUCUAUUAUGAAAAUGACUUAAUGGAUGCACUGGACAAUUUUGAGGAAAUUCAGAAUGGACAUACGAAUACCAUCACAAGUAUAUAUGCAGGAGGAUUGCAGUCUUUUGCGCUUGUUGUACAUUCUAAUUGCACUUUACCGAAGUUUGAAUACCUCGUAUAUCGGGAUUCUUUACUAACCUUAACAAAAAAUGCUGUGGAAGAUAUUGUUAGUACUUUUCAAAAUAGAAGUGUUGCUGAGCAAAAAAGGGUUGUUAGUUUUAUCUCCACUGUAUUUUCCCACUCCUCAUGUUUAAAUGGAUCAUUUCUUGCUCGAGGAGAACAUGAGCAUACUGCAUGUACUACUCAUGGAAUUCACUUAAUGGCCAUGAAAAAUUGCUUUCAUAAGCUCUGUUCAAUUCAGGAGCUAAAUGACACGAUUUUGUCGGUGGUUCGAGAACGCUUAAUGCAAAACAUCACAAUCUUACCUGAUAUCGAGGCUAUGAGAGUUUUCAUAAUGAUACCUGAGCUGCCAUUUUUUCAUGAUAUGGACCUAAAAUGGCAGAUCAUUAUUCCAUUUGUCAACACUAUUAAUUUAUUACAGAAGGAGUCAUUGCAACUGCUAGAAAAAUGGUGGACAGUACUUCCAGCAACAUUUUUUGAAAGGCUUGUAGAGGCCUUUAGAAGGUGUGUCAUGGCAUUACUGAAUGAGAAGUUACCUGAACGGGCGAAUCAACUGAUCUUUACAUUGCACAGCGCGUUGAACACAACAAUGUGGGUGUUGGAGAAACUUAAUAAGAUCAACAACGAAGUUGAUUCUCAUAUUGCUUACACAACGUUCUAUCUACCUGGAUUAAUGAAACAAAUCGACAUGAAAAGUGACUACAUCAACUGGUUGCAACAACCGAAUGUGUUUUCAUUUUGUCAAUAUCCGUUUGCAUUAGAUGCCCCUGCAAAAGCAUACUUGCUUCAAAUCGAUGCUGAGCUUCAGAUGAAAGUCAUUGUUAACGAAACACACAUGAUGAACCUUACCGGUCUUGUGGGAGGUUUCAUCGACACGCCUAUUGAUCCAUUUCUGGUGCUUCGCGUGAGAAGGGACAAUCUACUUCAAGACACUUUGACGGAAGUUUUGAAACAUCACCCACAAGACUUUAAAAAACCACUAAAAAUUAAAUUCAAUAAUGAAGAUGCUGAAGAUGCUGGAGGUGUUAAAAAGGAAUUCUUCUUGUUGUUGAUGAGAGAGAUAGUAAAUCCAAAGUACGGUAUGUUCGACAUCUACGACGAAUCGAAAGUGUUAUGGUUCAAGCCAGGAACUUUUGAAGGUCCAGAGAUGUUUAUGCUGAUCGGUGUUAUAUGUGGACUGACCAUCUACAACUCAUUAAUAGUUGACUUCCCCUUUCCGCUGUGUCUGUAUAAGAAAUUGCUGAACAGAAAACUGAAGUUUGAUGAUCUUUAUGGCAUCCAACCAGACGUAGUUAGAAACUUGCAAUAUAUGCUUGACUAUCAGAAUGAUGAUUUUGAUGACGUAUUUGCAUUGAGUUUUCGAGUGGUCGAGUCGCAUUUUGGCCAUGCAACCACUGUUGACCUCAUACCUGAUGGUGACAACACACGAGUAACACAGGACAACAAACAGCAAUAUGUAGAUGCGUACGUCGACUAUAAACUCAAUACUUCCGUGCGUAGCGAAUACGAGGCUUUCGCGGAAGGAUUUCAUCGCGUGUGCGGUGGCAGAGUAUUGGAACUUUUUCAACCACAAGAACUCAUGGAAAUGGUUGUGGGUUCAAAUGAUUACGACUUAAAUGAUUUAGAAAAGAUCGCGGAGUAUAAAGGUGAAUACUACCGCCAACAUGCAGUCAUCAAAAAUUUCUGGCAAGUGUUUCAUAGUUCGACGUUAGACUGGAAGGAAAAAUUUCUGGCAUUUCUAACUGGCAGUUCUAAAGUAUCGAUUCUUGGCAUCGACAAUAUCAAGUUCAUCAUCCAACCAGUGUACGGUGGCGAAAUGUUCGAUAAACUUCCUGUGGCACAUACAUGCUUCAAUUUAUUAGACCUGCCGAAGUAUCCGACAAUAGAAUUGAUGAGGACUAAAUUGGAUCAAGCGAUCGAAAAUUACGAGGGAUUUGGUUUAGUGUAAGAUGUGUGUUAUUGCUUCUUUAAACACCAGAUAAAGACAGAUUUUUUUAAAGUAUUUAAACAACGGAAAAAAAUAUCGUUGCUAAAUUUUGCAGUUAUUUGUUCUAGCAGUAUUGUUUUCACUGAUUUACUUCUACGGGCUUUUUAAUCGAUUGAAAACGACAUAACAGAACACGUGUUUUUUGUGAAUUUUUGUGAAUUGUUGCAUUUAAAAAAGCAUGUAUCCGAACGGAACUUCCUCAAAUUUGGAAUAAGGGUCUGCUUUAGUUAAUCGAAAAAAUGUUUGUUUUUUAAUUAUAAUUAAUUAUAUUUUUUUUAAGAAAUAUAAAGAGCGUCAAUACAAGUGUAUUUAUCAUCUUGUUAACAGUCAAGAGUAAAACUUUUGAGCUACAGAUAUACAGCGCUUAAAGAUCGUGUAAAAAAAUGCAUCAUUGAUUUCCGCCGGCGAGGGCGGAAUCUUUAAAAUCGCCUGGGAAGAUAGAGAGAUAGAUAGAUAGAGACAGCCCAGAGCCUGGACGCCUAAAACUUAUCCAGGCUAAAGCCUAAAUUCUCGUUUUGACACAUUUAGUUCUGAGAACGAGGCUAUAUUGCGUUUUAAACUAAUAGAAAUACAUAUACAAAGGGUAAUUCCCUCCCACCCAGGGAAUUUAUUUAGGUAGCCAGAAAGUUUCAUGCUGGUGAAAAGCAGUUUGCUGAUUGAAUUGAUUUAUUGCUAAACUAGCUAUAUAUUUGAUACUGUGAAUACGAUAUAAAUACAUAAAUAUAUAUAUAUAUAUAUAAAAGACACCUAUCGUACUUCUGUUGUUGGUGUGCAGAAAUUGUCGUCGACUGCUUCGGGAACCAGUCCCAAAUUGUUCUAUGAUACAAAACAUGUUGCCACGAUUUCAUUGAACUAAUUUUUACCCAACAAUUCACAAUUUCAAGCGUCAUUCAAACGUGAUUUGCAUGUGAAGAUUUGUUGACAGAAGCGGUAAAAAAAAAAGAUGGAACAAUGAUGAAACAGAAGAGCUUGCUGAUUUACUCAAUUACCACUUUUUGUUGGAUGCGUUUGAAAUAAGAAUAUAUUUGUUAAAUACAGGUUAUGAAUUGAAAUAAAAAAAUACUUGUAAUAGCCUAAUUUGUAAAGUAUUUUUAUAUAAUUCAGAUUGACUUUCGUGGUAAAAAAUCUCACGAUUAGGGAUUGGUCUAGGCUGAAAUGUCUAAAAAUGUGUAAAUUGUUAGCUUUUUCGUUUAACAUAUAUAUAGCUGUACAA